AAGAAGAUGGCGGAUGUGCCGGGGAAGCAGUUGAUGCAGAGAAGUGUGAAGAUUGCAGCUGGAGCUGUUGUCUGUGUUGAAAGUGAAAUCAGAGGAGAUGUUACCAUUGGACCCAGGACAGUGGUGCAUCCCAAGGCUCGCAUUAUUGCUGAAGCAGGGCCAAUUAUCAUUGGGGAAGGGAACUUGAUUGAAGAACAAGCACUUAUCAUUAACAGGUAUCCAGAAAAUGUCAUGUUGCAGAAAGAAGACGUUGAACCUAAAAUUAUGAAUAUUGGAACAAACAAUGUAUUUGAAGUUGGAUGCAAUUUUGAAGCUCUGAAGAUUGGAGAUAACAAUGUAAUUGAAUCUAAAGCAUUUGUAGGUAGAAAUGUGAUCCUGACCAAUGGAUGCAUUAUUGGAGCAUGUUGUGAGGUAAAAUCUUGUGAAGUGAUUCCAGAAAACACUGUCAUCUAUGGAGUUGACUGCAUGCGAAGAGUCCAGACAGAACGACCUCAGCCGCAGACACUACAGUUAGAUUUCCUAAUGAAGAUCUUACCUAAUUAUCAUCACCUAAAGAAAACUGUGAAAGGAAACUCCACUCCAAUAAAGACCUGAAGAAAACU